AUGUCGAUAGUGGGAGAACUGAUGGAGGCGAUAAUACAAGAUAAGUCUUUUACUGUACUGUUACCCCAGAACUCAGUAUCUAAUCCCUCCAUAAUACAGUUUGCCUUGGUCUUCAGCUGUUUGGUUCUGUCUGUCCUUUCGACAAUCCCGGAGCACACUGUUCUUGCCUCACGUUGCCUCUUCAUCCUGGAGUUUGUGAUGAUUGUGGUGUUCGGCCUGGAGUUCAUCAUUCGGAUCUGGGCAGCAGGCUGCUGCUGUCGCUAUCGUGGCUGGAUGGGUCGUAUUCGCUUUGUGCGGAAGCCAUUCUGCAUCAUCGACAUCAUCGUACUAAUUGCUUCCAUCGCAGUCAUCGCUGCUGGCACCCAGCAGAACAUAUUUGCCACAUCGGCGCUCCGAAGUCUCCGCUUCCUACAGAUCCUCCGCAUGGUCAGAAUGGACCAUCGAGGGGGCACCUGGAAACUGCUUGGGUCUGUGGUUUACGCACACAGUAAGGAGCUGAUUACAGCUUGGUACAUUGGCUUUCUGGUGCUGAUCUUCUCCUCCUUCCUUGUUUACUUGGUAGAGAAGGAUUCGAACACAGAGUUCGCCACUUACGCCGAUGCUCUGUGGUGGGGCACAAUCACUCUGACGACCAUCGGUUAUGGGGAUAAGACUCCCACCACAUGGCUCGGGAGGCUGCUGUCAGCUGGCUUUGCUCUCCUUGGAAUCUCCUUCUUUGCUCUUCCCGCUGGUAUUCUUGGCUCAGGGUUUGCUUUAAAAGUUCAAGAGCAACAUCGCCAGAAACAUUUUGAGAAGAGAAGGAACCCAGCAGCCAGCCUCAUUCAGGCUGCUUGGCGGUUGUACUCCACCGAUGGUAGCCGCACAUACCUGGUGGCCACCUGGCGAUUUUAUGAGAGUGUCCUGUCUCCACUCAGAAGAGACCAAGGAGAAACUUUCAGCAGCCACAAGUUAAGUUUUAAGGAGCGUGUCCGAAUGACCAGCCCCAGGGGUCAAGGUGUAAAGGGCAGACAGGCUUCGUUAGUUACAGACCACCGGUCAUCCAGCAAUGACCAAACCACAGAGGCUAGUCCCACCAAGAUGCAGAAGAGCUGGAGCUUCAAUGAUCGGACUCGAUUCCGACCUUCACUCCGUUAUAAGAGCUGUCAGACACGGGGAGCUUCAGACGACACUGCUCUCGGUACAGAUGAAGGUUUUGAUGAGAGGGGAGCUCAGUGUGAAUUCUCCAUGGAAGAACUCACCUCGGUUCUCAAGACUGUAAUCAGAGCUAUCAGGAUUGUGAAGUUUCACGUUGCAAAGAGAAAGUUCAAAGAGACUUUACGUCCAUAUGAUGUGAAAGACGUGAUCGAACAAUAUUCUGCUGGACAUUUGGACAUGCUCUGCAGGAUCAAGAGCCUGCAGUCACGUGUGGAUCAUAUGCUUGGAAGAGGACAGCUCACAACAGACAAGCGGUCGCGUGAGAAAGUCCCACGAGACAUUAAUGCCUCUGAUGAUCUCAGCAUGAUGGGACGGGUGGUAAAAGUUGAAAAACAGGUACAGUCUAUCGAAUCAAAACUGGACUGCCUCCUGGAUAUCUACAGGCAAUGUUUGCACACAGGCUCUGUCUCAGCACUGACACUCACCUCGCUGCAGAUACCUGCAUUUGAGUCUGAUCAGACAUCAGAUUACCAAAGUCCUUUAGAUGGGCCUAGCUCAGCACAAUUUAGUGGCUGCAUGUCAAGAUCCACAAGUACAAGGGGAUUACAGCACAUCCCAUCACCUCAUGAUCCAUGUGUUCCCUCUUGCUGCACCAUGAGCUCAGCUACACACACUCAGCUUCCUCCAACCACCAACGGUGAUGGACCCACACCGUCUGCAGUAAAUCAAAUGGUUCAAUCUGCCAAAGUCGCCAUGCCAACACGACAGCUGUCACCAAUUCAGAAUGCAUGCAGGGCAACACCUCUCCAGAUUAUCCCGACCGCCAGGGAGCGGGUCGGUUCCGAUGCCACUUCCUACCCUUCUGCCGGCCAAGGAGCAGAAAAUAAUCUCAUCCAGGAGACACCAUGGAGGAGAAGCCAAAGUGUGGAAAAUGAAUACUUGGUCAGAGUUGGCUCGCUCGCAGAAAAACCGUUAGAACACUCACUGUCUGUGCAAAAUCUGAUCCAAUCUACACACAGUCUGAGGGUGCCAACCACUGGCAGCAGCCAGAAGGUGAGCCAAGAGCACUACCAGUUGGCAGAUUCAUGCCUUUUGCCACAAGAUGAGGAGACUGGUGCGGAGAUGCUGGAAACCAAUGUCUCACUGAGAACGGGUAUAAACAGAACCCAUCAGCACUUUAGCCUAACUGAGGACCCAUCAAGCCCCUUGAGCCUGUCUCAUGUUCGACUAAAAUGA